UCUAAAUCCAGUGUCGCGAAUUACACCCUUAUGUCUCCACCCAAACGUGGCCUCACCACGACCGCCAAACUAUACGAUCAAAAUCUUGCGAUCCGACGAAUCCAAGUCGACAACAAAUCCUUCGCGUUGAACAUUUGGAUUUGAACAAAUAAACACAGAAACCUGAUAGUUACUUGUUGAAUAUCCACAACGAGAACAAAACAAAAUAAAAAAGCACAGGAACCCCAUACAGUCGGGCUUUUCCCCCGGUGCCCACCCACACACACGCCCACGAUGCACUCCUCACUAGUCCGGCUCCAAAACACCUUUGGCUUCUUCACGACGGUGGCCUUUGUGGUCGCGGCCGUGAUAGCCGUUUCCGACCUCUUCGCGGCGCGGACGCCCACCGCCCCGACCCUCCGCCCCACCAGCGUCUCGGUCAACAAGGGCCGCCCGCACUACUACAGCAGCAAGAAGGAGGAGUACGCCUCGAUACGGUUCGACCUCGAGGCUGACCUGUCUAGCCUCUUCACCUGGAACACCAAGCAGGUCUUUGUCUACGUCACGGCCGAGUGGGAUGAGCGCGGGAGCAGCAGGAGCAGCGACAGCAGCAACGUGACGGCCGCCAACCAGGCUGUCAUUUGGGAUAGCAUCAUCACCAGCCCGAGCUCCGACCACCUCGCCAACCUGGGCCCGCAUACGCUCAAGAAGCUGAAGAAGAGCGCCCAGGGCAAGACGAUUGAUCCGAGCCGUGGAAUCCUCAAGCUCAAGAACCAACGCCCCAAGUACCAAAUCACCCACCCGACCGGCAAGCUGGCCCAGACCCCCGAAGUCCGCCUGCGCCUGCACUAUAACGUCCAGCCGUGGGUCGGCGUCCUCGCCUGGAACCAGGUCCGCGACAUCGCAAAGUGGAAGGCCAUGGACAAGGGCCUCAGCAAGCCCUUUCCCCUGCCCGCCAUCAAGGUCAAGGAGACGCCCAAGGCCAAGAAGGCAUGAGAUAGACACAUGUGUUUGGAAUUUUUCUUUAAAAAAAGGGUUUGCCAAGGGGCUUCUUGUUUCUCCUGCACAAACAUGCUGGCGCAGAGUAUAAAUAUUCCAUUUAGGCUCAGAUAUCCUUUUAUGUCAUUUCCUUGGUAGAACUUUGCCAAGGCAUUUAUAAUAUUUUCGGUGCCAAUAUAUAAUUUUGUUGGAUUUGCUAACAGAACACCUAGACAAAU